AUGCCGAUGAUCCCAUUCUCUCGACUGGCCAAUGCUGCCGGAUUUGCCGUCGCAAUUUUUGGCUUUUGGAACAUCUUUCGGCUCAUGCGGAACCCGCGUGAAACCCGGGUCCUGGUUGUUGGAGCCGGGCUGAGUGGAUCCAUCAUGGCCGAAAGGCUCACGUCAACGUGCAAAAAUGUCCGCGUUACGAUUGUCGAGAAGCGGGACCAUAUUGGAGGGAAUUGCCACGAUUACAUUGAUGCUAAAACCGGGAUCCGAGUGCAUCAGUAUGGGGUUCACAUUUUUCAUACUGUCGACGACGCGGUCUGGAGGUAUCUGAGUCAAUUCACGGACUGGGUGCCGUAUGAACACCGGGCCUUGGCCAAACUGGAGACUGGCAAGUUCGUUUCCGUCCCGGUGAACAUACACACUGUCAACGACCUCUACAAACUCGGCAUCAAGUCUGAAGGCGCAAUGAAAAAGUGGCUGAGCGGUGUGCAAGUGAAACCCGCGUCUGGCAAGCCCAAGAAUGGCAAGGAAGCUGCCGAGGCCCGGGUUGGGUCCGAGUUGUACAAGUUGCUUUUCGAGGGCUACACGUGGAAGCAGUGGAACAAGUAUCCCGAGCAACUGGACGCCAGUGUGUUGGAACGGAUCCCUGUGCGAACUGACGACGAUGAUCGGUAUUUUACUGAUCAGCAUCAGGCCUUGCCCUCGAGGGGCUACACUGAGAUCUUUAGGAACAUGUUGAAGCAUCCUAAGGUUGAUGUGCGGUUGAAUGUGGACUUGAAACUAAAAUCCGUUCCAAAGCUUCCUAAGCCGUCAGGCCUGAAGUGCAAAAUGUGA